GCCUGCUCCACAGCUCCCCCGACUCCCUGGCCGAGUCCUGGUUCAGGGCCAAGCUGAGUCGCCAGCGCAGCUACAGCUCGGCGUAUUCUUAUGAAGAGUCGGACCUGGACCUGAGCCGCUCGCUGGGCAUCUACGCCCUCAUCGACAACAUGGUCAGUUUUAUCAGCGGUGACGUGGGCCUGGCUCCGGCCUUCAAGGAGCCAGAGGAGAGCAUGUCCACCAGCCCACAGGCGACGAUCCUGGCCAUGGAGCAGCAGCAGAACAGAGCAGAGUUGCGGUUGGAGGCGCUUCACCAGAUUGUGGUGUUGAUCUCCGGCAUGGAGGAGAAGGGCAGCCAGCCCGGGAACGCAGAUCGAUCCAGCGGUGCCUUCCAGUCGUCCUCUCUGCUCACCUCUGUCCGGCUGCAGUUCCUGGCCGGUUGUUUUGGCCUCGGCACCGUGGGUGCCGGAGGGCUGAAGAGAGAGAGUGUGCAACUGCAUCACUACCAGGAUGGUGUGAAAUCAGCUAAGAGGAGCCUCCAAAUUGAAAUCCAGACGGCCGUCCACAAGAUCUACCAGCAACUGUCUGUCACACUGGAGAGAGCCCUGCAGGCAAACAAGCACCACAUAGAAGCACAGCAGCGCCUCCUGCUGGUCACUGUGUUCGCACUGAGUGUUCGCUACCAGCCAGUGGACGUCUCCCUGGCCAUUUCCAGCGGGCUGCUCAACGUGCUGUCUCAGCUCUGCGGCACAGAGACCAUGCUGGGGCAGCCGCUCCAGCUGCUACAGAAACCCGGAGUGUCUCAGCUCAGCACGGCUCUGAAGGUGGCGUCCACGCGGCUGCUGCAGAUUCUGGCCAUCAGCACUGGAACAUACGCAGACAAGUUGAGUCCCAAGGUGGUUCAGUCGCUGUUGGACCUGCUCUGCAGUCAGCUGAAGAACCUGUUGUCUCAGGCAGGAGUCAGUCUCCUGUCGUCUGGAAAAGACCAAGACGACAACAAGCACGAGGACAGUGCAGACUCCGAGAGGAAAGACUUGAGAGCUUUGAUUCGUAAGCAGCACACUGCAGAGCUGCACCUCGGAGACUUCCUGGUCUUCCUCAGGAGAGUCGUGUCGUCCAAGGCCAUCCAGUCCAAGAUGGCCUCCCCCAAAUGGACUGAAGUGCUGCUCAACAUUGCUGCACAGAAAUGCUGCUCAGGCGUCCCUCUGGUGGGAAACUUGAGAACUCGGCUCCUGGCGCUUCACGUACUGGAGGCUGUUCUGCCUGCAUGCGAGGCCAAUAUGGAGGAUGAUCAAAUGACACAGGUGGUGGAGCGUCUUUUCUCUCUGCUGUCCGACUGCAUGUGGGAAGGUCCCAUUGCUCAAGCUAAGCACUCGAUCCAGAUUAAAGAGAAAGUCCAAGAACUCAAACUACAGGGAGACGCAGAGGAGGAGGACGAGAACCUUCCCAUUCAGGAGGUGUCCUUCGACCCGGAGAAGGCUCAGUGUUGUGUGGUGGAAAACAGCCAGGGGCUGACGCAUGGCAGCGGGGGCAAAGGCUACGGCCUGGCCUCCACUGGAAUCUCCUCUGGAUGUUACCAGUGGAAGUUUUACAUUGUGAAGGAGAACCGAGGCAACGAGGGCACGUGUGUCGGUGUCUCACGAUGGCCCGUGCACGACUUCAACCACCGCACCACGUCAGAUAUGUGGCUGUACCGGGCGUACAGCGGAAACCUCUAUCAUAAUGGAGAGCAAACGCUGACACUCAGCAGCUUUACUCAGGGAGACUUCAUCACCUGCGUCCUGGACAUGGAGGCCAGGACCAUCUCGUUUGGCAAGAAUGGAGAAGAGCCAAAGUUGGCCUUCGAGGAUGUGGACGCCACAGAGCUGUAUCCCUGUGUGAUGUUCUACAGCAGUAACCCAGGAGAGAAGGUUAAGAUCUGUGAUAUGCAGAUGAGGGGAACACCACGAGACCUCUUACCUGGAGACCCUGUCUGCAGCCCCAUGGCCACAGUCCUGGCCGAGGCCACCACGCAGCUGAUCCGCAUCUUACACCGCACUGACCACUGGACCCAUCGUAUCAACAAAACCAUGGUGGAACGACUUCACAAGAUCAAGGCCUGCUUUAGAGAGUCGGCCGGUGCAUCUGGAGGCAGUGGAGGUCAAAGACUGAAAAAGAGUCGCUCUGUGCAGAGCCGCGAGGAGCACGACGCCCAGAGAGAAAGCCAAGAAACGCCCACAAGGACGGAGGAGGAGAGGGGACGCCACGGACGACAGCAUGGCUUGGGGGAGCUGUCGGAGCACCACCUGAGAACGCUGUGCACAGAGGUGUGGCCGGUCCUGGCGGUGAUCGGGGGUGCUGAUGCAGGCCUCCGUGUUGGUGGGCGAUGUGUGCACAAGCAGACGGGACGCCACGCUACACUGCUGGGUGUGGUGAAGGAAGGCAGUACCUCAGCGAAGGUGCAGUGGGACGAGGCUGAGAUCACCAUCAGCUUCCCAACUUUCUGGUCGCCUAGUGACACUCCACUAUACAACCUGGAGCCCUGCGAGCCGCUGCCCUUCGACGUGGCACGUUUCCGUGGCCUCACCGCCUCGCUGCUGUUGGACCUCACCUACCUUACUAGCAUCCAUGAGGAAACAGCCGCCAAGCUCGGUGGGCGACGUCAUGACAAGAAGCAUCGCAACGCCGCAUCAACUGGGCACGAGCCGGCCGCCAAUGAAGACAAAGCAGACAAUGACGGGCACAACCGGAAUGAACAAAGAGAUGGAGCCUCAUCUGGAGCAGUUCCAAACACCACGCCCUCUGACCUGCGUGUGUCCCACAGCCUGGAUGAGGUGAAGGCACACGUGGCGCCCAACUCGAAGUCAGAGAGCGAGAUCUCCUCCGUGGCCGGGAUCGGUGGAAAUGAGACUCUUUUCUCUGCUGCUCCUCACAUUCCUGCGGAGGGGAACAGGAAGAAAGGCCACGAUCAUGGCCUUCGCAGCCACGAGCCGUCUCCUGCCUCUAUCGCCACCCAGUCGGAGAUCCAUGCUGUGCAGCUGUCCUAUCUCUACCUGGGAGCCAUGAAAACCCUCAGCGCUCUGCUGAGCUGCAGCAAAUACGCUGAGCUGCUGCUGAUUCCGAAGGUUUUACCGGAAACGGCGCCCAGUGGGCACAACGCUGACCUGAAUGCCGGCACCAGCGGGAGCGCUGCUGCCACCUCACCGGUUUGCCCUGAGGAGGUGGAGAUGCGGGCGGCUCUGCAGUUUCUCAUGCGCCACAUGGUGAAGCGGGCGGUGAUGCGCUCUCCUAUCAAACGAGCCCUGGGCCUGGCGGACCUGGAGAGGGCACAGGCCAUGAUCUACAAGCUGGUUGUGAACGGGCUGUUGGAGGAGCCCAGUGGGGGGAAGAUGAAACCUGGACUGAGGAGUGAACCGGAGGGUGAGGGGGACGGGACAGAGGGCGAGCAGUUGGCACAAACCCCGGUCACCACCAGCCCCUCGGCCUCCAGCACCACCUCCUUCAUGAGCUCCUCUCUGGAGGACACCACCACCGCUACCACACCCGUCACAGACACGGAGACCGUCCCCGCCUCGGAGUCUCCAGGAGUCAUGCCUCUCAGCCUCCUCAGGCAAAUGUUCUCUAGUUACCCAACAACCACCCUGGGCCCGACCCGUCGAGCCCAGACUCCUCCGGUGACGUCUCUGCCGACGUCGCCCUCCGAUGAAGUCGGCCGCAGGCAGAGUCUCACCUCCCCAGACUCCCAGCCCACUCGACAACAGAACAGGACAGGUACCUCUCUGUCGGACCCCAGCAGCAGACUGUCGACGUCUCCCCCUCCUCCUGCCAUCGCUGUGCCCCUGCUGGAAAUGGGCUUCUCCCUGCGACAGAUCACUAAAGCUCUGGAGGCCACGGGUGCACGAGGAGAAGCAGACGCUCAGAACAUCACUGUUCUGGCAAUGUGGAUGAUCGAACAUCCGGGAACAGAGGACGAGCACGACGAGCCUCACACCAGAGGCGGCGGCGGCUGCAGCGACGGGUCGGACUCCUCGUGUCCGGGGGCGACAGCUUCUGCUGGAGGCAAAUCUCUGGACAGGAGCUCGUAUCUGUGCUCCCCCGGAGAAAUCGCCAAUGCAGACGCUGCGGAAAUGGAAGAGGGUUUCAGUGAGAGUCCCGAGGGUCUGGAGCAAGACAGUGCAUCAGCCUCCAGCGGCGUUGCUCUCCGAGGACGCUCUGCGGUUGGAAGGAAGCAUCGCUUUGACCUGGCUGCUCGAACACUCUUAGCCCGUGCUGCUGGACUGUACCGCUCGGUGCAGGCCCACCACAGUCAGUCACGUCGGGAGGUCCCAUCCCUUCAGCAGCAACAAGACCCGGCCGCCCUGUAUGACUUCAACCUCGAUGAGGAGCUUGAGAUGGACCUGGACGAAGAGACCAUGGAGGCCAUGUUCGGCCAGGACCUCGCCAGCGACACCGACAUUCUGGGAAUGUGGAUCCCGGAGCAUGUGUGUGAGACGGACGAUCGGGAUGAAGUGGUGGUGUGCGAGCUGUGUGAGGCCAACGUAGCAAACUUCAAUCAGCACAUGAAGAAGAGCCACCCGGGCUGCGGCCGCAGCGCCAACAGGCAAGGUUACCGCAGCAAUGGCGCCUACGUGGACGGCUGGUUUGGAGGCGAGUGUGGCAGCGGAAACCCUUACUACCUGCUGUGUGGCGGCUGCAGAGAGAAGUACCUGGCCAUCAAAAGCAAAGCCAAAGUCCCCGUCGUGGAGAGAUAUAAGGGACAGGCUCCUGACCUCCUGGGGAAACAGGACAGUGUCUAUGAAGAGGACUGGGACAUGCUGGAUGUUGAUGAAGAUGAGAAGCUGACAGGGGAGGAAGAAUUUGAGCUGUUGGCCGGCCCGUUGGGUCUGAGCGAGCGCAGGAUCGUCCCCGAGGCCGUCCAGUUCCCUGACAGCGACCCGCUCGGAGCCUCUGUAGCAAUGGUGACGGCCACCAACAGUAUGGAGGAGACGCUGCUGCAGAUCGGCUGUCAGACCUCAGUGGAUAAGAGCUCAUCGGGCAGGGUGACCCUCGGGGAGCAGGCCGCCGCUCUGCAGAACCCACACGACCGAGUGAUGGCGCUGAGGAGGGUGACGGCUGCAGCCCAGGUGCUGCUGGCGAGGACCAUGGUGAUGAGAGCCCUGUCCCUGCUGUCUGUCAGUGGCUCGAGCUGCAGCCUCGCAGCAGGUCUGGAGUCUCUGGGUUUGACUGACAUCAGGACUCUGGUCAGACUGAUGUGUUUGGCGGCGGCGGGUCGAGCCGGUCUUUCCACCAGUCCCACAGCGGGGGCGGGUCACGCGGAGAGACCUCGUGGAGCCGCCAAGGCCAGCAAACCCAUCUCCUGUCUGGCCUACCUCAGCACGGCCGUGGGCUGCCUGGCCUCCAACAGUCCCAAUGCCGCCAAGCUGCUGGUGCAACUCUGCACUCAGAACCUGAUCUCUGCGGCCACAGGCAUGAACCUGACGACCGUAGACGACCCCAUUCAGAGGAAGUUCCUGCCCAGCUUUCUUCGAGGCGUGGCCGAGGAGAACAAGCUCAUCACCUCCCCCAACUUUGUAGUGACACAGGCUCUGGUGGCUCUGUUGGCAGAUAAAGGGGCCAGACUGCGACCGGCCUACGACAAGGCCGACAUGGAGAAAAGAGGCCCUCUGGAGCUCGCCAACGCACUGGCGGCGUGCUGCCUGUCCUCCAGGCUUUCUUCACAGCACCGCCAGUGGGCUGCCCAGCAGCUGGUCCGCACGCUGGCCGCCCACGACCGCGACAACAACCAGAGCCGGCCGCAGACCUUUGCCGACAUGGCAGGGGACCUGAGAAAGUGCUCCCUCGUCAAGCUGGAGGCUCAUCAGAGCAGGGUCAUCACGUGUGGGUGGUGCAGCAAGAAAGGCCUGUUGGCCACAAGUGGCAACGACGGCAUGGUCCGGGUGUGGAACGUGACCAAGAGCCAGUAUUCGCUCCAGCAGACGUGCAUCUUCAACAAAGAUGAUGGAUCCUCGGAGGACGGCACGUCAGGCUUGGGAUCUCCCACUGAUCCCAUCUUGUCUCCUUUGGCCUGGAGCGUCACUGGCAAAUUUCUGGCUUCUGCCAUCGACAAAAUGGUCAACAUCUGGCAAGUUAAUGGUGGUAAAGGCCUUUUGGACGUGCAGCCUCACUGGGUGUCGGCUCUGGCUUGGCCCAAAGAGGAGGCAGAGUCCUUGUGGUGCGGGGAACCCAAGGACAUGCUGCUGGUGGGACGGGUGGAUGGAUCCCUGGGCCUCAUCGAGGUGCUGGACGCGGCCACCGUGCACCGCACCGAGCUGGAGCACUGCUACCGCAAAGAUGUGGCCGUGAUGCACAUUGCCUGGUACAGUGAGGACAAGCCUUUCGCUGUGGGCUACGCAGAUGGAAAGCUGCUGAUCGGUUUCAAAGAGCCGUUAGAAAAGGGAGCCAUCGUGGUCAUUGAUGCACACAAGGAGUCGAUCACCAGUAUGAAGUGGAGUCCCAGCGGUCAGAUCCUCCUCACCUGUGCCAAAGAGGAGACGGUGAAGCUGUGGGCGAGUCACGACCCUCACUCCGACUCCGGCUCCGGCUGGCGCUGCCUGCAGAGCCUCAGACAUCCUUCCACGGUGAACGGUGUGGCGUGGUGCGGCGUGCCCGGACGAGGGCCGAAGCCUCUCAGCAUGUUGGCCAUAUGCUGUCAGAACGGCCUGGUCUCCGUCUGGACUGUUCCUCAGGACAUCGCCAACUUCCCAGAAUCCUCUUCCUCUGACUCGGGGGGGUGGUGGGAGAACGAAUCCAAACUAAAAUUCAUGUCUUCCAGGCGCUCGGUAGAUAGAGCCAUGUGUGUUUUCCAGCUGAAGGGUCACAUCACUCCAGUCAGAACGCUGGCCUUCAGCCCUGAUGGUCUGGCCCUGGCAUCUGGAGGAGUGGGAGGCCUCAUGAACAUCUGGUCACUACGGGACGGCUCGGUGCUCCAGACAGUCGUGGCCGGGUCGGGGGCCAUCCAGAAUAUUGUCUGGAUCCCAGAUGUGGGUGUCGCCGUCUGCUCCAACAGGUCAAAGGACGUGCUGGUUGUUAACAGCUCCAAUGAAUUCAUGGCGUCCAACCACGUGCUGGCCACUUGCCGCACGGCUCUGAAGAAGCAGGGCGUGGUCGGCCUUAACAUGGCGCCCUGCAUGAGGGCCUUCCUGGAGAGGCUGCCCGUCAUGCUGCAGGAGCAGUACGCCUACGAGAAGCCUCACGUCGUCUGUGGGGAGCAGCUCGUCCACAGCCCCUACAUGCAGUGCCUCGCCUCCCUGGCCGUGGGUCUCCACCUGGACCAUUUGUUGUGUCGCCCCCCUGUGCCACCUCCGCUCCGGCACUGCCCACCGGAGUCCGGCACUGCCGUCUGGAACGCCAGCGAGUGGGCGUGGCUGGACUGCUUCUCUACAACAGUCAAGGCGGCGGAGGCGCUCGCUCGAGGUGCCACCUUCCCAGAGUCCUUCUCUGUUCCCGACCUGGAGCCUGUGCCCAAAGAUGAGAUGGCUCUGCUCAUGGACAACCAUAAAUGGGCGUCUGGUAUGGACGAACAGAUCAUGUCCUGGGCCACCUCCAGACCAGAG